AGCCACGCCCCGUGACAUCACCUGCCCUUGCGCGUUCUCCGACUCCUCCCACCCCGUCAGUCUCUCUUCACUCGGUAGUCCUCUCCGGGCAGUGCUCUACGGUAGACGACAGCAUGCUUCUGUGCCGGAACGUGUGGCAGAAACUGGCCCCCCUGACCCACCGGGGAGCAGCCGCCGCCCUUCUCCGCAAUGCUUCUGUCCGUCCGAUGUCGUCCAGCAGUGUGCCGGGCUCUUCUGGAGAAGCUCUGCCCUAUUACCUGCUUGUUGCAGUUGCCCUGACUGGCGGUGGAUUUUAUGCUUACCGAACAUUGCGCAGAGACAAAGCGCGUUUCCAUGAACGCCAUGAGUACAUCAAUGAACAGCUGAAACCUGCCUUUGAGGAAUACGAAACUAAAAGUGAUAAAGUGGAAGCCAGUGCAGUGUCUGAAACCAUUGAAGAGGCUGUAGAAGCAGCCAUUGAGGAGACUGCUGCAGAAGAGGUCACUGAACAGGAGGCAGCCCCAAGUGCAACACUAGAGCAGGAGCAAGCAGUGGCAGAGGAUGAAGCUGCACCAGCACCUACAGAGGAUGGAGCUGCACCAGCACCUACAGAGCAAGAGUCGGCACCAAGCACAGAAGCUGCUUCAGAGCAAGUGGAACCAGAGAAUAUCGAACCUGUUGUCGAAAAUGUGGAAGAGACAUCUCCUGUGCUUGAAGCAAGUUCUGACAACAUCACUGAGGAGCUGGCAUCAGCAGCUGAAGACUGGUCUGAACUUACAGCCAGAAAGCCAGAAGAGACUGUGGAGGAGAGUGCACCUGCAGCUCAAGAGAGUGAAGAGGCUGUGGGAUCUGAACAAGCAACUACAAGCUCCUAAAGACAAUAAAAGAUCUCCAGACGUCUCCCAAAUCUUCCUACACAACCAUAAGAAUUCCUGACAACCAGAUCCAGAUCCGAAAGAAAUGCCCCACCUGGCAAUGAAACCACCAGAAAGUGCUCACUUGUUAUUCUGCAGAGUAUCACAAUUCAUUUCUAGGUCGUCUCAAUAAAGAUGCAUCUAUGUUCAAUAUGACUCAACGGGAAGGUGGCGAGAGAUGUCCAUUUUCAUCUACAUGCUUUCAAUGGCAAAGUGAUGAUUUUAGUCUGGACAUAAUAUUAGUGGAGAUUUAGAAAUCGAAUGCUCUAUGUAAGAUUAGUUGUCUUGUUUAGACACUUCCCUAUGUGCUUUUUUCAUAAAUGUCCCCUAGCAUUAUUUUAAUACAUAAAUGCUGGGAAUCAGGUUUCCUAAGACUGAAGAGUAUGCGGCUAUAUUCAUUCAUUAUCUAGUUGCAUUGCACGUCAGGCUGCUCUUAGUGGUUCUGUAGUUAAAUGCAAAUAUUUCACACAGCAUCAAAUGCCAAGUAGUUUCAUUAUGACUACUAGACUCAUGCAGGGAAAAUUGUACUGAACCAUACCAACUCUAAAAUAUGCUGCUAUUGCUUUACAAUCCAUAAGAGAAAAAUACCUCAUUCAUACCUCACUUUCUUAAACGUAAUUGUAUGCCUUUAGAGAAAUAAUAAAGGCACCCCUGCUAAUGUAUAUUAUACAAUAAUGAUUUGCUUAGUAACAGGCACCUGUAACUAAAGUUAAUUAUAUUAACUUGAUAAUUGCGCUACUUGAAUGGGAGCAGUACUCCGGCACAGCCACUACACAGUGGCUGCCGAAACCAGCUGAUCGGUGAAGGUGCGGGGUGUCGGACCCCCACGUUCUGAUACUGUUAACCUAUCUAAAAAAUGGAAAACCUCUUUAAAAGGGGUUUCCAUUACCCAAUAAUAAGUCCCAACCUUCUCUAGAUGACUACAAAUAACAAACUUUGAUAAACUAUCACAGUACUAAUUCUGUGCCCUUUGCGUGAUGCCAGUAGGUUUUGCAACGGCGGUGUGAUGGACAUGUGAUGCUGGCACAGUAGUAACAUCAGUAGCUAUGGCACAUCAUCACACUGUAUAAAUGUCUGCAUCGGUGUAACCUUCGCCAAAUUGAUCAAACGUCAUAUGGUUUUUGAUAAGUUUGGUGAAUCUUUAAACAUUUUAUUCUGUUUUAUUUUAUUCACUUAUAUACAAAAGUGAGUAAAACACAACACUUUUGUCUGGAGAGGUUACUCUAGUUUUUGUAUGCUACCCCCUACUGGAGCAAGAUUGCAUCUCUUUCUCUAACUCUUAAAAAGUCACAGUUGUUAAAUAUGGAGUGCAUCUAAUUAUCAAAGCUAAUCAUGCCCACUCUUCCAAGGUGGCAGGAGCACUGUAAAAAUGCUAAAAGUCACAAAAUUUUGAGGCAUAAAAUUGUGGCUUUUUGACGCGAGUUCUCACGCAAAUGGAAUGAUAACCCCCCCAUAGUGUCUACUCAUGGUGUGAGAAUGGCACAGAAUUUAACAAUAAGUUAACCACCGAUCAGUGAUCACUUUAUGCUCAAGGACUAAGCCAUCAGAAUUUUUUUUUUAAUAGGCUUUAUUUUUAAUUUAAUAAAAGCAAAAAUACAACUCAACAUAGACACAAGGAGAUUAAGCCAUCAGAAUUAUUAGAACAUGAUAUAAUACUUUGAGAUGAUAUAUAUAUAUAUAUAUAUAUAUACACACACACACACACAUACAUAUGCACACAAAAUAUAUAGCUUUAUGUAGAAAGUAAUAUAAUAACAAUAUAAAAGUUUUAAAAAACAAGACGUUUACAAGAAUUCAGAUUUUAUAUCAUAAAACUUGGAUAUAAAUAAUAUUUAAGCUAUUUUUUUCAACUACGUGACUGGUUCUUUGGGAACCUAUCUAACCAGUAUUUAUUGCAAAUGCCGAUUGAUUCCAGAUCCCAGUACACUCAGGAAGGAAUUGUUGAACUAGGACUGGUUGAAGAAUGGAAGGCAGACACUUCUAGUAUUAUACUGUGGGCUGAUUUUAUUUUAUUUAUUUUUUACUUGGCUUGUAAGAUGCAAAAGUUCCAUGUGGUGCAUGUAUUGCAAUGAAAUCAUAUGGUAGUAAGUAUAAUGGUUACAUCAUCACACAUAUUAUGUGACUGAGUACCUUCCAACUGUGAAGUCACUUUGGAUCCAGCUUGUCAAAACUUGUCACCAUGAUAAUGUAGUGCACUCUGCACUACUGAGCAGAGCAGACUGAUAUAUAGUGUUAUGGGAAAGGAGUCAGUAAAACUUUCUGAGAUUUUGAUUCACGGAGACGGUCCUAUCAGUGAUUGGCAGCUCUCUCUGUAUACAGAGUCAUAGAGGGAAGACUGUCAGUCACUGAUAGGACCGUCUCCUUGUCAACAAAGCCCAGAAUAAGCAGGAAUUUGAAUGGGUUGUGCCAGGUAUUAAAUUUAUCCCCUAUCCACAGGAUAGGAGUUAACUAACUGAUCGCUGGGGGUCCGAACGCUGGGAUGCCAACUUAUUCCAAGAACAAGGGUCUAAUGCCCCCGACCAGAUUGAGCGGCAGGCUGGGCACGUGCCCUGUCACUCCAUAUAUUCUACAUGGGACUGCCAGAGAUAGCAGAGUACAUUACUUUGCUAUUUCUGUCAGUCCUCUAGAGAAUGGAAGGAGCGGCAGGGUGCAUGCUCAGCGUACCCCUCCAUCAGGACGAGAACAUGGGAUCCCAGCGGUUGGAAACCCACCAUACAGUUAGUUAUGCCCUAUCCACAGGAUAACUUUAAUACUUGAUGCAACACCUAUAAAUUAAUGAAUUACAAGCUUUGCUGAACCUUAAACCACAAAAUUAUAUAUCAAUCUGCUCAGCUCCUCCUGCUCUAUAACAUGCUGCCUGCCGCUCACACACCAUGUUCAACAUGACAGGUUCCCUUUUAGAGCCCAUUUAGGCAAUUUUUACACCUGUAGUCGAGCCUACACGGAGAUAAGUUCUAAUGGAAAGAUUGGCACCUGUUUUGUGUUUCUGCACCUGAAUUUGGCUCACGAUCACUGAUGAAAAUCACUGAUCACACCCUCACUGUGCAAGCGGCCUUAGUCUGCACUCAGGAUGGAAGAUUUCAUUCCUUAUGAUUUACAAGCAUCUAUAUGCGCUAAUGAUGUGUGACAACAUGUAAAGUAAAUGAUUUUUGAGCAAUUACAAGCAUUUUCUGCCCAAAGUACAGUUAUCUAUCAGCUAGCAUUCAAGUUGUAUGCCUGUUCAUUGACAGAAGUAUGGAUGUGGAUGAGUCUGUUGAGUGGGAUUCCUUUACUGGAAUUGGUGCUUUAUUAUUCUGGUCUUAUAAUGCAAACCUCUGUUACUACCAGUGAGCUCGCUGUGAAUAGUAUUGUAGAGUCACUCUCCUACCUCACCAGACUAUCAUUCCAUGUGACGUGCCUGAGCACUACACAGUUACACCCCCCACCUAUUUGGAUGGAAACUGUAGGAAGGGUCCAAUGUCUAUGCUAUAUGUUACACUAGUCUUCUGUAUGUUAUAUGAUAUUCUACAAAACCACUGUGGAACGCAAACUGGAAAAUAAAUUCCUCUUCAUCCAUU